AUGAAGUUCGGUAAGAGGCUUAGAGAUCAGGAAGAGGAUACGUUGCCAGAGUGGCGAGGCAAGUUUCUUCGCUACAAGGAGCUGAAGAAGCGGUUGAAGACCAUUUCCGCAGAAUCACCGGAACGCGAGCUUGAGGGGGCAGAGCAGCCGCUAGAUUUGUGCGAUGAAUCUUCAGAUAUCGUCAGGCGUGCGCUCUUCUCCGGGUCGUCGGAGGACCCGUUUGUGCAGCUGCUGCUGUCGGAGUUGGAUCGGUUCAACGACUUUUUCGCCGAUAAGGAGGAGGAGUUUGUCAUUCGCAUGCACACCAUCAAGCAGCGGAUAGCCAGUGAGGUUCCACGAAGGAGUGCUUCCGACGGAACCGUCCAAGAAUUUCUUCUUGACAACGCCGAUAGUGCCGGGGUGAACAGCAUACGCCGUGCCAUUGUUGCGCUACACGGUGAAAUGGUGUUGUUGGAGAACUACAGCUCGCUCAACUACAUGGGGCUCGUUAAGAUUGUCAAGAAGCACGACAAGCGCACCAGUCACCCGUUGCGUCCGUUCUUGCGCACUGUGCUGCAGCAGCCGUUCUGCACGACGGAGCUGUUGUCGCAGUUGAUCAGCGAGUGCGAGGUGCUGCUGCAGCAGCUGUUGCCGCCCAGCGAGCAAUCAUCAUGCAAUCAUCCGGUAGUCACGCUUCACCAGGAUGUCCCGUCUGCUGCUGCUGAGGAAGUGGAAGUGACGCCUGCCAGAGAGCCUGCCGCUGCAGAGUUUGAUUCUGAUGACAACGAUACGGUAGCCAUGGUUUACCGCAGUGCCUGUAGCGCCCUUCGCGCUCUUAUCGAGAUCCGCAGCAGCUCAAAGACCCCACAUCCGAUCAUGCUGGCAGCCCAGCAGGGAGCGCUCUCACCUGCAGUGCACUCACCUAGCGUCCCUGCGGAGCCUCUCCAACCCCAAGCCAGCCAAUCCAACCGCGGCGAUGCUCAGGGUGAAGCCGAAGUGAUGGGCAGCGGGGGCGAGUCGAGCUGCAGCACUGAAAGGGGGAGUGCCCAGGUGAUGCUGGAAAAUACCGCUGGUGUGCACCGUGGGCUAGAGAGGGAGCUGGAUUCGGGGAGCAAAGAGCAGGCACAGACGGUUGGCCAAUCCUAA